UGUUAAAUUUUGUUUACGUUUUCCUCUAACCUUUAAAAUGUAUAAAAACAACGAAUAAUUAUUUUAUUUAUUUUUUCUUAUAACAAUGUUAUUUAUUUAUAAAUAUGGAAAUUUGUAAUAUUAAUAAUAUUCUAUGAUAUUAAUAAUACAUUUUAUAAUUUUAUUCUUAAUUAAGUAAUAAUUAUAAAAUCACAAUCAGAAAUAAUGUAUGUGUAUCAUUAAACUUAAAUAUAAUAAUGGCAUUUUCAUUUCGUAUUGGUACCAAAUGGUACCAUGAUUUUCCAAAAUUGGCAAAGGAAUCUGGAUUUUAUUUUAAUAUGCAUAGAUCCAGAUUAAGAAUAGAUUGGAAUCGUAUAAGUAAUAUAGAUAUAGAUCGAAUUAUAAGAGAAAGAGAUUUCCAUUCCAUUGAUGAAAAUAUAAAUAAUGUAAUAGAUUAUUGUUUAGAAAGUGAAUAUGAUGUUAAAAUCUUGGAUCCAAAUUUUGUAAAACUCUUUUGUCUUGCACAGUUAGCAGUUGAAUAUUUAUUAUAUUGUAAACAAUAUUUAGAUCAUAGUGUAAUGAUAUUAAAAGAUGAACUAAAAUUAAAAAUUGAAGAAAAUGUUAAAUUAAAAAAAGAAAUAUCUACUUUAGAAGAAAUAAUGAAACAUAUGAAAGAAAAAGUAAAAGAAAAAAGUAAAUUAAUAGAAACUAAAAUUGGAGAUACUAAUGGUGAAAUAUAUAAAUGUCCACAUUGUCCAAAAUCUUUCAUAUCUUCUAUGUUUGUUAGUGCACAUAUUAUACGUCGUCAUACACAUACAUCAGAUUUAUAUAUGUCUGUUUCUCCUAUACAUGAGCAUUAUCGCAAUGAAACUGAAAAGUUACAUAAUGAAAUAAAAAACUUGAAAGAAAGAUUAAAUGAAACAGAAAAAGUAAUAAGAAAUGAAUCUGAAAGGAUCUGUGAUAAAAAAAUAUUAAAUUAUGAUAAAAAGCAAACUGAAAAUGAAAUUGAAAAUCUUAAAUAUGAUAAUAACAAAUCUAAAGAACAUUCAGAAUAUAAAGAAUAUCAAGAAGAAAUAAAAAAUUUAAAAAUCAUGCUUUUUGAUGAAAUACAUAAUUUAAGACAAAAAGAAAACAUUAUGUAUGAGCGUACAUCUGAAACAAAUGUCCAAGCAUUAAUAAAUCAACAAGAAAAAGAAUUUCAAAAAUUAAAAAAUCAAUUACUCGACAAAUUUACUCCAGAUAUAGAAAGCAUGCAUACAAAGUUAUAUGAUCAAGAAAAUUAUUAAUCAAAAAUAGAACAAUUAGAAAGUCAGCAUCAUAAAGAUAUUGAGAGACUUACUACAGAAUUGAAAUUAACACAAAAUGCAGCUGAUGAUAUGAAAGCUAAAUAUGAAGCAAAAGUUAGCGAUUUAGAACGUCAAACGGCAAAUCAAUCAAAUAUUUUAAUUGAACAAAAACAAUUACAUUCCUUAUCGCAUGAAAUAAAUAUUUCACAAUUAAAUGAAAAAAAUAAAGAUUUGAAAAAUAAUUCUUUACAAAAAUGUAGUCCAUCUAUAAUGUUAGACAAAUCUAAUGAAAUUUCAAAAAAAUCUGAUGAAAAUAAUUUAAAACAAAGUUAUGUGGAUACAACAAUUGAACAAAUUAUUACUGAAAAUAAUACAGUAGACACUACAAUUACUUCAAAUUUAUCAAAUAAAGUAUUUCCAUUAACAAUAGAAGAUACGUUUUUAAAAGAUACACAAAUUUCGAAUUCCAAAAACAAAUUCAUUAUUCAUGAAAAUAAAAGAAAUAUUAAACAAAAAUAUGAAGAAACUCGAGAUAUCGAAAAUUUCGAUCAUAUAAAAACUAUCAAAAAAGAUUUAGAAUAUUAUAGUUCAAGUAAUAUUUCAGAUUCAGAAGAUUCGAUACUUGAAGAAGAAAAUAAUUCUAAACAUAGAAAGUAUAAUCAAUCAAUUAUAAAAAUGGAUUUACACAAAUCUGAUAUAAGUAAGCAAGAAAAUGUUAUUAAUAAAAAUACAUCUAAUGACUUUUUAUCUGAUAUUAAAAAUAUCAAAACAUUGAAAUCUAUAGAAGAGAAUUUAUCUUCUAUAACAAAUUCAGAAUCAUUUAUUUCUAAUUCAAGUAUAGAAAAUGAUACAAUUCACAAUGAUUCCUCAUUGCAUGAAUAUAAAACACAAUUACCAUUUUCUUUAAAAUCUAAAAAAAUAACAGAACACAAUUAUAAAAGUUUGCAAGCUUGUUUAAUGAAUGUUUUUGAGCAAAAAUUAAAAGAUUUAGGAAUAGAUCCAGAAUGGCAAGGAAUACCAAAAACAACUUUUAAACAAAAAAUGGAUAUUUUAAAACACCAUCACAAACUAGCUACAAAAAAAUUAUCAAAAUAUCAUCAAAAAUUAAGAAUAAUCGAAGAAGUUCUCAAUAAAAUCAAGAAAAAAAAAAUUAUAGAAAAUAUGAAACAAUUUAAAAAACCAUCUUUAUAUAGACCAAUAAUAAAAGAAUUAAGCAAUCAACAAAAUCCUGGUAAUUAUAAUUUUUUUUUUCUAUAUAUAUAUAUAUAUAUAAUCUUAAUUUUUUUUUUUAGAUUCUCUUUUUAUUUUUUUUUAGAUUCUCAUAUUUCUUCAUUACAAGCAAUAACGUUAAAUGAAUAUGAUUCUGCACUAGAAACUAAAGAUUCUGUUAAAAAUAUAACUGAAAAUGAAUCAGUACCUAUAACAACACAAAUUACAAAUUACAAAACUGUAAAAGAAUUAAUAGAUAUUUCUCCUAAUUCAAUAAAAUCUUUGGAAAAUAUACAACAUGCUACAAAUUUUCAAGAGCUUUUAAUAAAAAAAGAUUUUUUGAAUGAAAUGAAAUCUGUAUUCAAUUCUGAAACAUUCAAAAUAAUAUCAAAUAAUAAAACUGUAUCAAAUAACAAAUCUACUGAAAACAAUGAUAUAAAUAAUUCAAAUAUACAACAGGAAUCACAAAUUUUUAUAUCACCUAAACAUAAUAAAAGUGUUCUAAAAUCUACAACUGGUUCAACAAAUAGUUUGAUAAAAAAAAGAGUUAUUUUUGAUCUAACAAAUAAAAAGGAUAAAGAAUCAUAUUCUGAUGAUGAUAAAGAAAAAAAAGAAUUAUGUGAGAAUAAUUGGAACACUUUAGGUAAUUCUGAUGAGCGGAAAUAUUUAUCUCAAUUAGAAGAUUAUAAAAAUUCAAGUAAUAUCAGAUUAAAAACUACACAAAGUGAUAAAAUAGCAGAAUUAUCAAAAAAACUUGAAAUACAGUUAAAUAUGGUGAGACAAAAACCUAUAGGAUCUGUUGAAACAAUAUUUUCUUCAAACUACAUACAAAAUAAAAAAAAUCAAAAUAAGAGUAUUGAACAAAUAAAUCCUACUAGUAUAAGUUCUUUUGUAAUAAAUCCAGUUCAAACAUCUUUAUCAUAUUCUAAAAAACCAAAUGAAUUAUUACAACCAGCAUCGUAUAAUUUAACACAUAAAAUAUCUGAAAUUUUACAUGCAGAAUCUGUAUCAGAAAUAUCAGAUUUAGAUUCUGACAUAGAUAAAAUUUUAAAAUUAGAAUAAGAUUUAGAUUAAGAUUUAUAUAAUGUGAGAUAUUGAGACAUAUUUCUUUUUUUCUUGUAAAAAAGAAUAUACAAUAAAAUUUUUUUGUUUGAGGUUUAGUUUUCAAAAUAAUCAAUUUUAUAUCUAUUAUAUACAUGCAUUUACUAAAAUACGAUUUUCCGUAAUAUAAUACUGAUCUUAGUUACAAUAAUAAAAACAUUCAAAAUAUAGAUCAUUAAUAGAAUGUAUUAAUUACCCAUUCAAAGAUAUGAAAAUUGAAAAUACAUUAUUUUAAAGUUUAAAAAUACAAA